GUUUGUUCCAUCUCUUGAAGCCAUAUGAUAUCAAUCACUAUUCUGAUAAUCAAAUAAUAAGGAGGUUAAUGGGAACUUGGUGGCGACAGGGGGGCCCACUCAGAGUGUGACAGGUAAAUGACAAGUAGGGGUCCACAGCAAAUGUUUGCACAUUGGCCCCUUAACAGAUUAAUCCAGCCAUGGACUUGACAGGUGUGACAGACAGGCUGCUGUCCGUGGUGCUGAUGUUUCCCGGUGGUCGGGCAGGUCUCAGUGUUCCUCUCCAGACCUGUAGGGGGCGGCAGAGCGCGCUGCAGCUACAUGUUGAUAAGCAGAAGAAACUGAGACAUGUGAGCAGCAGCAGUGAAAACAUGGCGACGCCUCUUAGUGCAGCUCAUGUAUGUCGCCUGGCGGGACGGACUGUCGCCUCCCUGUCAGCCAGACACAGGCGGGCUGUGAGCCUGCCAGCGAGGAGAUGCUACGUAUCCACUUCGACGGGGAGAAAUCUGCAGUUUAGGCUUGAUGAGAGAACAGCCCACAGUAGCCUAGACCUCUUCAAGAAAGACACUGGUAUAAUCUACCGCAUGCUGGGCCUGGACCCCAGCCAUGUGCCAAACAACCCAGAGCGUUUCCGAGACUGGGCCGUCGUGUUUGGUGAUGAGAAGAUCAGCAGCGGAAGACACUACUGGGAGGUGACUGUCAAAAAGUCUCAAGAAUUUCGUCUGGGUGUGGCUGAGGCGUUGAUGUGCAGAGACGAGUGUGUGGGCACCAACAACUCCUCCUGGAUGUUUGGCUACGCUCAGCGCAAGUGGUUUGCCAUGACCAGCAAUAAGAUGGUUCCUGUGACGCUAGUAGGAAAGCCUGACCGUGUAGGCAUCCUGCUUGACUACGAAGCGGGGGUCCUGGGGCUGGUGGACAUUGAGAAGCCCAGGAUCAUUCAUAGCAUCAGGGUUCAGUUCAAGUCACAUCUCUGCCCCGCAUUUGGACUUUGGGACGGGGAACUGCUCACGCACUCUGGUCUGGUGGAGCCUGAAGGCCUGAAGUGAAGCAGGAUAAACUGUGA